AUGACUGAAGACGCAAACGCCAACACCACAGCACACCCGCGCACUGUCAGCGGGAGUUCGAUUGACCACGUGAUGGAUCAGCACCUGAUCCCUUGGGUGCUGUACGACUUGUCCGGAUCUCGAGCUCCGGACUCACUUAUGACGAUGCAGGGUUACUUCCGGCGUUUCCGUGGAUUGCGUGAAAAGAUUCUUGAUGGUAUCUCGUACGAGUCACUCCAGCGGUCUUGGUGUGCAUUCAUCCGGCGGUAG